UUCUAGUCUGCGUAUGGUCAACAAUGACAUACUAAAACAUGAUCGUUGAAGUUUCCGAUGAGAAUGGCAAAGAAAAUUACCAUUAAACUACAGUUUAAUGAUUGAAAGUAGUAGAUAAAAUUAGCGGCAUUUGGAAGAACCAAAACAUUCUCUUAACUCGGUGGUAAUUAAACUAUUUUCUUGUUUGUGUUGAGCAGGCAGCCAAAUACUUUAGCUAUCCUCACCAUUAUUUCAAUGGCUGUAUCCUUCUCUAAUCACACUUUUGUAGCUCCUCUUCCUCCUCCUCGCUUCUCUGCAAAACCCUCAAAAACCCUAGAUUCCAAUUCUAUGUUACUACCCAUCCAAUCACUCCAAUUCCACCGCAACGAACUCGGCCUUUCCAAUUCCUUUUCCUCUCCAAUCAUCAAAACGCGGCGUUCCUUCAAGGCUCAUCUCGCAGCUGAUGCUUCUUCACCAACUAAUAAUUAUGAAGAAGAGCCCAAGCAGAAAGAAGUCAAUGACAAGCAUGUACCCAGUUUAAAGAAGCUUAUGAGUAUUUAUAAAGAUGCUAUAAUUCUUGGAGAUCAACGGAUUGUGUCGGAAAUUGAGGCUAGGAUAAAAGUCAUAGAAAAUAACAACAUUGAAUUGGUCCAGAAAGUUUCGGAUUUAUCAUCCGAGAUAAUCUCCGGCAAGGAGAAAAUUAUUCGGCUCCAAGCGGAUUUUGAUAAUUAUAGAAAAAGGGCUGAGAAGGAAAGAGUUUCCAUCAGGAGUGAUGCUCAGGGAGAAGUGAUGGAGAGCCUUUUGCCCAUGGUUGACAGUUUUGAAAGAGCUAAACAACAAGUAAAACCAGAAACAGAAAUGGAGAAGAAGAUUGACACGAGUUACCAAGGUAUAUACAAGCAAUUUGUGGAGAUCAUGAGGAGCUUGAAAGUCGCUGUAGUACCAACAGUCGGAAAGCCUUUUGAUCCAUCGUUACAUGAGGCCAUUGCACGGGAAGAUUCGCAAGAGUACAAGGAAGGCAUCAUAAUUCAAGAAUUCCGCCGUGGAUUUCUUCUUGGAGGUCGGCUUCUAAGACCAGCAAUGGUCAAAGUUUCUGCUGGCCCUGGUAAAAAGACGGUUGCUGUUAGUGCAGAACAACCUACAACAGCAGCUGGAAUAGACAGCAGAUAGGAAAUCAUGUUUUCGAGAUUGGCAUUAUAUUGAUUCAUUUCAUUUAGCUUUGGGAGAGAAAGAAAAACGUGAUUCCGUUCUUGAUGCUGUAGAAUCCAGUUUCAUGUCUUUUUAACUUAAUACCCCGGACAACUUUGAUACAAUAACAUUAAAUGUUUACUGAUUGGUUCAUCA